ACCUAAAAACCUCUCUUUCUCUCCAAUCCUUCAACUCAUCACGGGCUCUAAAACCACAUCCAACCAAAUGGCUUCCUCUCUCCCUCAAACUAAACACGAGGCGGACGACACAAUCCCCGACGCCUGGGACUACAAGGGCCGCCCCGCCCUCCGCUCCUCCUCCGGCGGCUGGGUCACCGCGGCCAUGAUCCUAGCCGUCGAGGGCUGUGAGCGGCUAACGACGCUCGGAAUCGCCGUUAACCUCCUCACCUACUUGACCCGCACCAUGCAUUUGGGCAAUGCCACUUCCGCUAACACCGUUACUAACUUCCUCGGCACCUCCUUCAUGCUCUGCUUGCUCGGUGGCUUCAUCGCUGACACCUAUUUAGGAAGGUAUUUGACCAUUGGCAUCUUUGCUGCUGUUCAAGCAACGGGUGUGACGAUCCUGACAAUCUCCACCAUAAUCCCGAGCCUCCGGCCGCCGAAGUGCGAGGCCGGGAGCCGGUCAUGCAUCCCGGCGAGCGACAAGCAGAUGCUGGUCCUCUACACGGCACUCUACCUGACCGCACUCGGCACAGGGGGUUUGAAGUCGAGCGUGUCCGGGUUCGGGUCGGACCAGUUCGACGAGUCCGACCCGAAGGAGAAGAAGCAGAUGAUAAAGUUUUUCAACUGGUUCUUUUUCUUCAUCAGCAUCGGGGCGCUCCUCGCGGUCACGGUGCUGGUCUACAUCCAGGACCACCUCGGCCGCGAGUGGGGCUACGGGAUCUGCGCCUGCGCGAUCCUCGUCGGCCUCAUCGUGUUCUUGUCCGGGACCAAACGGUACCGUUUCAAGAAGCUGGUGGGGAGCCCGCUCACGCAGAUUGCGUCUGUGCUUGUGGCGGCGUGGAGGAAGAGGAACCUCCAGCCGCCGUCGGAUCCGUCGCUUCUGUUUGACGUGGAUGACGUGGCGGCGGAGGAGGGAGAGAGCAAGAAGAAGAAGAAGCAGAAGCUGCCGCACAGCAAGGAAUUCCGUUUUCUUGACAAGGCAGCUAUCAAGGAUCCUAAUGUGCAAAUGGAUGUCUCCAACAAGUGGUGCAUUUCGACAUUAACAGAUGUUGAAGAAGUGAAAUUGGUAAUUAGAAUGCUCCCAACAUGGGCCACAACGGUAAUGUUUUGGACUGUUUAUGCCCAAAUGACAACUUUUUCCGUGUCACAAGCAACCACUAUGGACCGUCGUAUCGGGAAAUCCUUCGAGAUCCCGGCUGCCUCACUCACCGUCUUCUUUGUCGCCACCAUCCUCUUGACCGUGCCAGUCUAUGACCGGAUAAUCGCGCCAAUUUGCAAGAAAUUGCUCAAGAACCCUCAAGGCCUAAGUCCCCUUCAAAGGAUAGGUGUGGGGCUAUUUUUGUCAAUAUUUGCCAUGGUGGCGGCCGCUUUGACCGAAAUCAAGAGGCUUAGGUUUGUCCAGUCACACGGUCAGACGCCACAUCAUGUGCCAUUGAGCGUCUUUUGGCUUGUCCCACAGUUCUUCCUAGUGGGGUCCGGGGAGGCGUUUACGUACAUGGGGCAGCUUGAUUUCUUCCUAAGAGAGUGUCCUAAGGGGAUGAAGACUAUCUCCACAGGGUUGUUCUUGAGCACUCUUUCACUAGGGUUCUUUGUGAGCUCAAUCUUGGUGAGCAUUGUGCACAAGGUGACUGGUGAGAAGAAACCAUGGUUGGCUGAUAAUCUCAAUCAAGGGAGGCUUUACAACUUCUAUUGGCUAUUGACAAUCUUGAGCAUUGUGAAUAUGGUUGUGUUUUUGGUUUGUUCAAGAAAGUAUGUUUACAAGGAGAAGAGGCUUGCGGAUGAGGGGAUUGAGAUGGAAGAUAGUGAACCAAGUUGCCAUUAAUAUGGAUUUGUUUCUCUAGCCUUAAAUAUUUAAUGGCUUUGUAAGUUGUUUUCAUGUUUAAGAUUGUGGAGAAAGCACAUGAUAUAUAUAUAUAAAAGUAUAUAUUUUAUGUA